ACUUUCAUUCCUUUGUUGCCACCUCUUCAGGAACCCGCUGUGGUUUUUAGUUUAAAUUAAAGGAGUCAUUAUUGUGGUGGGAAUAUGAAAUAAAGUGGAAGAAAAGGCCGUGGGCUGAUUGGCUGGUGCUUGGGGUUGGGGAAGGGAGGGUAGUGGUGUGCUGGACCCCCGGAGCCCUCGUGGCCCAGCCCACUCUCAAGUUGAAAACCAACACAGAUUUGUGCCCAGCGGAUUUGAGUGUUGUUUUUAGUAGCAGAGCAGAGUUCUAGGACUGGGUGUGGGAAUGUGUGAAGACCACAAGGAAAAGACUCAGAGAAAAAUCAGAUUUCAAAGAUUAGAGAGGUAUUCUUUUGGGGCCACCUAUGGUUGUCUUUUUAUACUCUAGGGGAUGUAUUCAACAAUACUUUGAGUGUUGGGUUUUACAGGGAAAGUGGUCCCGAAAUAAACAACUAAGCGGUGGGGAGAGGAGGGACAAGGUCCAGAAUUGCUGUUUUGUGGUGUCUGUGUGCCCCCUGCUGGGGGAGCUGAGACAUGCCCAUGUCAGAAGCAUUGGGGUCACUGGGUUCCUGGCUAAAGUUUCUGCCAGAACAAUAGAGACUGGCGCUGUUGUGUGGGAAGGAUAGCAGAUGGUGCCAGAGAAGGAAACAUCCAUGGACCCUUUAGGGGCAGGAAUAGAUCUUUGAGGGGCAUGCAGGACAAAGGUAGACUGCUGGAUUGGGGCCCGAGUUUUGCCUCUGUCUGGGCUACUGCUCCCACAUUCAGGAACCAGACCUGGUGGGUGAGGACAUGUUGUCCCUCCUGCCAAGUUAAUAGCUUCCUCCCCCAGCCAGGAUCCUGCUCCAGGCAGGACUAUAGAUGACUCUGUACCUACGGCAGCUCACGCCCAGACUGUCUGUCGAAAGCACCCUGUAGUUCAGGCUCAAGGAACAUGGUCACAGGAAGGUGGGAUUUCAGGGCACCCCUCAGGGACUGCCCCUCUCCCCAGAAUUCCAUGGUGAAGGCCGAAAUACUCGUAGGUGUGCUGGUCAUGGUGGGCUUCACAGUGGGAAAGGCUCCUCUUCCUGAAGUCCGUACCUGCCACCUCUGCCUCUUAGAAGAUCCUGCCGUAGGAUGCAUUUCAGGCUCAGAGAAGUGCACUAUCAGCAGCUCAUCCCCAUGCAUGGUGAUCAGCAUCUUUUAUGAUACCAAGGUUCGCUUCUUAAUCCGAGGCUGUGGACAGCACAAUUCUUACCGCUGCCAAGAAAAACACCAUACCUACCUCUCAGAAUACUGGUACUAUGCCCAAUGCUGCCAGUAUGAUUACUGCAACUCCUGGUACAGCCCCCAGCUCCAGAGCUCCCUGCCUGAGCCCCCUGAUGGGUCCCUGCCCCUGCCCCUGUCUGAGUCCCAGAUCCAGUGGUUCUACCAAGCCCUGAACCUCUCACUGCCCCUCCCCAGCUUCCAUGCUGGGAAGGAGCCUUCUGAAGGCCUGGACCCCCUGGCUGUCCUGCCCCUGAAUCUGACUUUGUCCAUUGCUGACCUGCGCCACAUAUACUUGUUCCUCAACACUUCAGGACUUUUGGUUCUUCCCUGGGCUGGGCCCUGACAUCUUUCUAUUCCCAGAUUUCACUCUGGUCCAGCAUCUCCUGACACCCCAGCAUCAUGUGCUGCCCUCACAGAGCGCUCACACUCUCUGGUCUGUGAGUUCUCAGUCUUCCUUCCUUUGUAUUUUCAUUGUCUAUAUGGUUUUGGUUUAGUUUCCUCCCCAAAAAGCAGUUGGCCCUGCACCCUGUGCCCUUCGUCUACCUAGAUAAUAAUCUCAAAUGUGAAGUCUGUCUAGGCUGAUCUAGGAAAGGUACAGUGGUUUCCUCAUCCCUUUCCCAUCACCUGAGUGUCCCAUCAUCAACCCCCUCAUCUUCCUGAUCCCCUCUCAAUAUGGCUGUUUCAACUCCUACACCAAUCUCUAAAACCUUGUCCCAGACUGAACUUGCAUCAAGAAGGGUGUCGAUUUUCAGACUGGGCACUCUGGUGCUCCUACCUCUGUCUCCACCACCCGCACUCCCGCCUGGUCUCCUGCUGCCUUCUCUGAUCUCUUGUCCCCGUCUCUGGCUUUCUCAGCCCCACUUCACGUCCCAGAGUUCUGACAGCCACUUGCACAGAUUCCGGGGGAGAGGAGAGUACCUGUCCUCUGCUCCACAUUCCCCAGUUUCCCUCCACAAUAAACAAACUGGGCUAAGUCUGUGUCACAUUGUUUAUGGGGUCAGGCUCAGGUGUGGGCAGGUGUAGACAGGUUGAAGUUAACUGGGCGUGGGCUUCAAACAGUAUUGCAGAGCCCUGCCCACUCCACUUGGCCUUUGUGGUUCCUCAUGGCCUGCCCCAAAUAGCACACAUCCAUCCUACCCUCUGUUCAGCUGGAGAUCAAAGUAAGAGGAUUGUGACUUCUGCUAGCCUUAAACAUACCCUACAAAACCUAGAUAGUUAAACCUGGGUGAUGUGAGGUUUUUCCACGUAAGAAAGGAGGGAAAACUCAACCACGAACACUCAAGAGCAAACCAAAAGGCCUCGGUCUGCAUCACAGAGUCACCUGGAACUGAGGCACCUGCAUUCCUGCCUAUUCUCAGUUCUUUUCAGGAUCCUGGCACCCAGGACCCCCUCUUUGGGGGCCUAGGUGGAGGACGUGGGAGAGUACAGAGAGUACUGCAGGUGGUGCUGCAGGUGGUGCUGCAGUGGUGUAGGAGCUUUCAUUUUAAUAUUUUGAAAAACUGCACACAUGCAGAAAGCAAUAAUGAAUACUCAUAACUCAGCCUCGCCCAUACAUCCAAUAGACACUGGACACACUCUUCUGAGCCAGGCCUGGUAUUAAGCAUUGGGACUUGCAGAUGAGUAUAGCCAGGUGUCCACCCUUCCGAAUCUCGCAACCCGGUGCUGGGAUUAUGAAACCUUUUUCUGAAAAGUAGUACAGCUCAGUGGCUGGGAGCCCCAAUCCGAGCUCCUCUGCCACUUCAGUAAGUUGGUCUCUCUGACGAACUUUGGUCAUCUAUCAAGUAAGGAUAGUGUCUCAGGAUUGAGAGAAUGUGUGUACAGAAAUAGAAGUUAUGGGCUCAAAAAUAGACAUGUCUUAGAGACAAGCAUACACACAGAUUUUGGCCCAUUUAGUUUUAAACCUUUUUGGCCAUACAGAUGUUUGUGCACCGUAAGAUGGGUUUUUGUAAACUACACAUCUAUGUUACCAUUCCCUGAGUUAGCAUAAAGGCCUUUAUCAGCACCCAAAGCUGCCUUCGUGCACCCUCCUAGACCCCCCACCCCAAAGCUUAGGGGUAGCCACUGCCCUGAAUUUUAUCUGUGUGCUUGAUAGAAGUGACAUCACACAAUGUAUACUCUUCUACAUAACAUUUUGCACGUAUGUUAACAGAUCUUUGUGGCCGCUUUAAUGGCCUGUGCUCUGGUGGGAGAAAGCAAUAUUUGUUUCUAGGUCAGGAAGCAGUUGGAAAUACAAAGAGAGGUUAUAAGCCACUGUGUCCCUCUCUUGCCGGCCCACUUUACCCCAUGACCUCUGACUUCAUUAUAAGUCAAAGGCCCAGGUUUACACAACUCUAGCAAGUCAAACUGGAAGACAGCCUCAGAGGAUGAGAAACCCAAGGCCCGAAAUUGAGGAGUAACUUACCAUGGUCCUUGAAAAGGGAAGUUGAGCCCAGGAUCAGAGAGGCCACUAGGUCUUUACAUCUCUUCAGAGAACACUUUCCCCACCCUCUCCUCCCUGGGACUGGUUCUUUCACAGUUCCACUCCCAGCAACACACCCCCGUGGGCCUGCCUUCAGUCCCCACCCAGCUCUGGAUCUGACAGCACUUCUGAGGACUCCUGCUACCCUUCUGGUCUUCACCACAGGAGGGCCUUCAGUUUCUCUUCACCUCUUUGUGCUGAGAGCUGAAUCAGAAGUGGGGGGGCGGGGGGCAGGAGCAGAGCUUCGCAGAGCUGGGAGCCCCUUACCUGCCCCCAUGAGGGGCAGUCAAGCAGUACCACCUCCCUCAGCCUCCACAUCCACCGGAAGAGAGAGGCAAAUCAGUUUGUACAUCUAUUUAUUUUGGAGGAACACUGGGGACUUGGGGCAAGAGAGGACUGUGGUGGGAAAAGAAGCCAAGCAGGGCGAAGGGACAUCCUUGAGGUGGGAACAGACAGGAGGAAAGGUGUCAGACUGAGGACUUGAAGGAAAAUUCCAGAGAAUUCUGGAGAGGGAGCCUGGGGAAAGGGCACAGUGGAAAUAGGGGUGUUGAGGAGUGUCAACCAAGAGGCAGAUAGGGCCAGGGUCCAGUAACUGCUGCUGAGAGCGGCACGGAGGGCUGCUGAGUGGGGCUGGACAUUGAUCUGGCUGCUCCAAGAUGGAAAUCAGGAGGAUGGCUGGAAAUUGGCAGGAUUUUACUCCAGAGGUCUCUGCAGAAGUUCUAAGGAUCAUAUUUUAUUCUGUUCUGAGGGUUAUUGCAGAAAUUCCGGAAGCAGCAUCUAGAGAAUACCCAGAAGCCCAACACUGGAGAAGUGUGGGUGUACGAGCAAUCACUCAUUUGCUCCUUGCUGCGGCAGUCACUCACCAUGAUCUCGGAACCACUGUCUGGGGAGGGAUGGCAGCAAUCAGUGACUCGGAAAUCCCAAGCAAAGCCCCGAACCCUCCCAUCCCCUCACGCCACAUGACUUACCAUCAGUGCCCCCAUACCCUGCCCUGGACCCCCCAAAUGCAAAGAUUCCUGGACUGGACAGGGCCAGGAAGUCACCAGUCAUAAACUCUGGAAGUUUCCCAUGGAAAGUUGGUGGGAAAGAGCCAUUCGAGAUACAGUGACAGUUGGAAUGGGUGAGUUGGGACUUGUGGAGCAGUGAGGAGAACCAGCACCUCAGGCGGAGACAAGUUAGAGAAAGCUGGGAGAUGUAUUGGAGGUCGGAUUGCAGACAGGGUGUUCGUCAUUUACUUUAUGGGUCAAAAGUAAGAGAAGGUAUCUCUGCUGCUUUUGUAUAUAUUAGAGGAGGAA